CCAUGUAAGAAUGGUAAACAACCUGGUGCGGUACAUCUGGCGUUUAACUUUAUUAGUUAGCUGAUGUGUAUUUAACUUGCUUUUGUGUUUCUAUAAGGGCAAGUAGAAAGUUAAUUUCUAAUUGAUAGACCUGCUCUUAGGUGGAGUGCUGGAAUGUCUGGGUUUGUUCUACACUGUUUUGUUGACUUGAUAGGUACUAGGGUUAAGACUGACAAGGGUUUUAAGGAAAUCCACCUUAACUCUAUUCCUAAAAUGUCUCUGAGUUCUAUGGCCAAGAAGUAACAGGUCAGCGAGUGUACAAUGACCUUCGUAAGUGGAGGUCUAGGUGGGUCAAGGUUUGCAAACUGAAGGACAUUUGUGGUGCUCUUUGGGAUGAGGAUACCUUUGUCAUAAGCUUAGAAGAUGGCCAUUAUGUUGUUUACAUCAAGGUUAGGACCAACACCUUCCUUUUUCUAACUUGUUCUAACUUGAAAUUGCUAACCUAGGUUGCUAACUCAAUAGGAUCACCCAAAAGAUGAUGAUUACCUCAAUAGGCUCAUAGAGAACUAUAUGCCUAUGCAAAUCAUAUUUGGAAGUGGGGUUGCCACAGGUAGGUUGGCAAUGGGUUCAAAUGAGCCUUUGGGCAAGCCAACUGACAUGGUUGACAUCCUAGAUGAUGGCAUUAAAAUGACUUCAGAGUUUGUUGAAGGUUCCAAUCUAACUGGCAAGGGGAAGACUGUUGACAAGGGCACCCCUGGUGACUCCAAUGAUAGCAAGCCUAUGUCCAAAUUAGGGAAGAGGAAGAGGUACAUGACUGAUGAAGAUGUUGUUGUGUUCAAUAGGAUGAAAGAGGUUGUAUCUGAUGUUGCUGCUGCUGUCCGUGAAAGCAUCCAUGCUGAAGCAGCACCUAGGAUCUACAAUGUUGUAAUCAUCUAUCCUAGGUUAUCUUGGGAGGCUCUCAUGUAUGCCCUGAACCAUAUGAUGGAGCACAAGGCCACCUCCCUGUGUUCCUGGACAUGACUCCUGAUGAUCGUGACCUAUGGCUCAAGACUUUCCUAGCCAAGCACUACCACAUCUGAUCUGUCUAUCCUAUAUAAUGCCUAAGAACAGAUAUGCUACACUUUCUCGGAUCUUUCUAUCCCUUUAUGUUGUUUAAGAACAGAUAUGCUACACUUGUUGUAUUUUGUCCUUUUAUGUUGUUUAAAAUAGAUAUGCUACACUUACUGUAUUCUGUCUAUCCUAUAUGCUACUUAAGAACAAAUAUGCUACACUUGAUAGAGCAAUGAUGUUUCCCUGAGUUAGAUUAACCUGAGUUAUAGGCAUUUCCCUAUUUGAGAAUAGAUAUGCUACACCUGCAUAGAGAAUGAUGUUUCCCUGAGUUAGAU